GCCGAGUCAGCGGCAACGAUGGAUGCGCAUAUCUUAGCCUGUGUGCGCGGUCAAGUCGUGACGUCGGCCCGCUUCUUGGAUCGAUCUCCAUAUAACCACAAGAAGCAGCCUGAGGCGUACAUGCGGGAAAGAAAGGCAACGGAGGUCGAACCGCACACGUGGCAUUCGACAGAGGCACCGAGCGCGAUGGUCGUACUCACGUCGCGCGACUUGCUAUGCGCCAUUGCGACCUACCAAAACGGACUCUUCCCCACACUCCUCCCAGUGUUCACGUCGGGGCAUUGGAUGUCGACGUUUGCCGACAAUGAGUUCGUCGCCAUGCACCUUGGACCGCACGGCCGUGUUCGAGAAGCACUGCUGCAUUGCAUUCUCCUAGACAACCUAGACUUGCUCCGACUGCUGCUUCGAUGUUUCCCAAGAUACCCCACAGACGAUUAUCGAUUCCACGAGGUAGUGGACGCCGCGAUUGCGCUGAACAGACCGACGAUGGCUCGCUUUCUCAUGCACUUGAAGCCAAGAAGUCGAUGCAUUUCACGGGCAUUGAGCUUGGCGGUGAAGAAUGGACACGCGCACAUUCUUGACGAGUUUCUCGAUGGCGUGGACAAGGCCGGCAUCGACGUGAUCAGGCCAUAGCAACAUUAUUUAACUAAGGGAUGCAUGCUUCUUCGCACUGUUGAGCAGUACUACGUAUAAAUUGUACUGAAGUAUUUCUUUUGAUGUGCGGUAGAUUUCCU